AUGAGGAAAUUUGGCGGGGUGGCGGAGAUUCUUGGCAAAGACAUCAUCGGCGCAGUCGUUCUCGCGCAGACCAUCACUUCACCCCAUAUAAAGGACCUCAGCUCUUACCACUGUCUCUUAUUCUCCCUCCUCCUGAGAGUCAUACCACUAAUUUUGGCGCAGGUGGGCGGUGUGGUGAUGCCAGUUCGGGUGGUGGGUGGUGGCGUGGCAAGGGGCACUGUCUCCGUCGGGAUGGUUGGCGUUGAUGAGGUAGAGGCACGAGCUGCACUGCUCACACCCACUCUGGAGCAAGGCUUCCCGUCCUCCUCCACCCCAACUAGUGCCACUGUUACCUGGAGAUUGAGUCCUGCACCUGCCCACCAGAUCCACCGGUCCAAGCACAUCGAGGGGAUCUAUGUGCUGGGGUGUGAACGAGGCAGUGGCUUCAUCCAUCCUCGGAUACAACAACAGCUCCAGACCCACGACAUUUCCCUCCUGCACCAUCCACACUCCCACCACAGCCACAACCACGAGCCCGGCCCCACCACCCACACCCUGGAGCAAAGGGAGUCGUCCACUUCAGAGCAUGCGGAGUGGCCUGACAGUGGAGGAGGGCCCCACACCUCACUGGCAGAGGAGAACGUUGAGCACAUCCUCUUAGAAAAUGAGUCUGGGAGAAGCACUACAUCCUCCAACACCACUGUAGGGGAGGAGGGAGGUGAUGACUUCCCACUGCCACCCACCUGUUCCAACCUGAGAGUGAUGGGCCACACCCUUGUCCUGGCCAGGUCCUCCUUCCAGGUGGUGGGGCUCCAUCCCUUCACUUCCUACUGGUUCCUGCUCCUGCCUCACUACAAGGGUGUGCUGGGUGUGCCUUCCAACAUGCAGUCUUUACAACACCACAGGAUGUGCCUGCAGGGUGGCCAGUGCUCUCAAGGUGGUGGGCCGCCAGAGUGGGGCAGGACACAUAUGCCCUCACCCUUCACUGGCGACCACUGCCCCCACACCUUGCCCACGGCAUCAUCAACAGGUAUCAGGUGAGUGCUGGAAUGUUCACCUCCACACACUUGUAUAAUUCACACACACACACACACACACACACACACACACACACACACACACACACACACACACACACACACACACACACACACACACACACGGUUUUGAUAAAGUACCACAUCAGAGAUUACUAUGGAAAAUUAAAAACAUAGCUGGCUUACAGGGAAAAUUACAUUAAGCCCCCGCACUUGGCAAAUUAAUUAGUCUGGCGAAACUACCUCCAAAUGCGAAUUUCG